GAGGACAACCACAUUAACACCACUGCCGUCAAGUGAUGACCCGUCCAGUCUCCUCAUCCGAAGCCAACGCUACUACCGGGGGCUUGGAGCUGCAUAGCACCAACGCUCCGCGGACUGACCCCAAGAACUAGACGCGAUUAACCCAAAGAAGCGAACAGAGAUUUGUUUGAUUCGAACUCCCAGGACUACUUAUCUUCUAAAGGAAUGAUUUAACUAAUUUCAUUUUCCCCCUCACUCAAGCAAGCAGCGGCCGUUGUGUUCAAUUACACCAUGCUCAUUGUCUCGUCCCGCAUUGCGCUGCUGUCCGUCUACUAUCCCCAGAUCUUCCUCAUCCUCACCAGCGGUAGCUACCUGGCAUUGUCCUCGGUGGUAGCGUUGGGUGCUAACAUCAUUUGCAACAAGAUCCCUGGACUGGCCCCAAGGCAGCGUACCCUCUGCCAGAGCCGCCCGGACGCCAUCAUCGUCAUCGGCGAGGGUGCACAGCUGGGCAUCAAUGAAUGCCAGUACCAGUUCCGCUAUGGCCGCUGGAACUGCUCCGCCCUGGGCGAGAGGACCGUAUUUGGACAAGAGCUGAGAGUAGGUAGCCGAGAGGCGGCUUUCACCUAUGCCAUCACUGCGGCUGGCGUGGCACAUUCGGUGACAACAGCGUGUAGUCAGGGCAACCUGAGCCAGUGUGGCUGCGACUGGGAGAAGCAGGGCUACCAAGACCAGGAGGAGGGCUGGAAGUGGGGAGGCUGCUCGGCCAACAUCAAGUACGGCGUGGAGUUCUCCAUACGCUUCGUAGAUGCCCGAGAGAUCAAGAAGAACGCCCGACGUCUGAUGAACCUGCAUAAUAAUGAGGCAGGACGAAAGAUCCUGGAGCAGCAUAUGAAGCUGGAGUGUAAGUGUCACGGCGUGUCGGGCUCCUGCACAACCAAGACCUGCUGGACCACCCUACCCAAGUUCCGGGAGAUCGGCUACGUCCUGAAAGAGCGCUAUGGCGAGGCGGUCCAAGUCGAACCGGUCCAGGCCUCGCGUCUCCGUCAACCCUCCUUCCUGCAUCUGAAGGAGUCACGGGGGUACCAGAAACCCACGGACACAGAUUUGGUCUACCUGGAGAGGUCUCCUAACUACUGCGAGGAGGACACGGCGACAGGGAGCACAGGGACGCGGGGGAGGCUGUGUAACCACACGUCACCCCAUACCGACGGCUGCAAUCUGAUGUGUUGUGGUAGAGGCCACAACACCCACCAGUACACCCGCGUGUGGCAGUGCAACUGCAAGUUCCAGUGGUGCUGUUUUGUGAAGUGUAACAUGUGCAGUGCGAGGUCUGAGGUGUUCACCUGCAAAUGAUGGAUGGAUGGAUGGAUGGAUGGAGGAGGGGGACGGAGAGAG